AAUCCUAGCCGUAGAUUUCUAAUCUAGACCUCGUACGCGGUCGGGUGCGGGCUUCAUAGAAUCUGAGUUGGAAAAUUACAUUUGUGCGUUCCUUUGGAGCUUCGGGCGCAAGGGUUGUUUGUAACUGUAACCGUCGGGAUCACGCGAAGUUGCUCAUCGCCCCACCACCCGACCAGCCUAUAAAGCCUCGAUUCGCACCUUCUUCUUCUUCUUCUUCACCGUUAUAUCUGCCAUCUUUCUCCCAGAUAUCUCUCUCCCUCUCGUACAUUUUCAUUUGCAGAGAUCUUGUGGUUCAAUAUUCUUUAGCUGGCUCUCAUGGGAAGUGUUAUUGAUGGUGCAAUUGAGGAGGGAAGCUUGACAGAGAAGAAGCCCACAGUUGUUUUUGUUUUGGGUGGACCAGGCAGUGGAAAGGGUACCCAAUGUGCCAAUAUUGUUCAGCACUUUGGCUUCACACAUCUCAGUGCCGGUGACCUUCUCCGAGCAGAAAUCAAAUCUGGUUCUGAAAAUGGAACUAUGAUCCAGAAUAUGAUUAAGGAGGGAAAGAUUGUGCCAUCAGAAGUGACAAUCAAGCUCCUGCAGAAAGCAAUGCAGGAAAGUGGAAAUGAUAAGUUCCUUAUUGAUGGUUUCCCUCGAAAUGAGGAAAACCGUGCCGCAUUUGAAGCUGUUACUAAAAUUGAGCCAAAAUUCGUGUUGUUUUUUGAUUGUUCUGAGGAAGAGAUGGAAAGGCGCUUGUUGAAUAGGAAUCAGGGAAGAGAAGAUGACAACAUAGAAACAAUAAGGAAAAGGUUUAAGGUGUUCUUGGAGUCUAGCCUCCCAGUUAUCGAGCAUUACAAUGCCAAGGGAAAAGUCAGAAAGAUUGAUGCUGGAAAACCUGUUGAAGAGGUUUUUGAAGACGUUAAAAUAAUUUUUACCUCAAACUCUGAGAAGGAAUUCACAUUUAUAGGAGAUAGAGUGAGGAUGGCAAAGUGCGGUCAACAUGCCAUUCAUUUUCACGGCUACUGUCUAGAGCUGCCUUAUAUGUUCUGGCAUCAGCUUUGGAUAUCCCGAGUUUUUGUUCCAGUGGUCAUGCAAAGACCUUAUCCUAUACUGCCCCUCGUUUUGAGAUAAUCAGCUGGGUGGGAGAUUACAAGGGUUUUUGGAGCUUAUGCUAGUACUAUGAUUUGAAAUUGGCUUAAUAAUGUUGAUAUCCCCAGUGCGGAUACUGAUAUGUUCUAUACAGAACCUGAUUCUAUGCUCCACUGAUGGAAAGACGGAAUACAUCUAUUCGAGUAUAUUCUGCUUCCACUUCA